GCCGAGUUUGUAUUCGCCAUAACCUCAAAUACGCAUCUUCAUAAACAGUGAUAAUAAAAAUGUAAAUAAGACUAAACAUUUAACUACUAAGUUGCAAAGUAAUACAAAAACUCGCUAUCCUUUCCACUAAAUGUGUAAAAAAGAGUGUUAAAACUUGUAAUAAUGUUUUCUAUGUGUAAACAAACUCACCCCGCUACGGGGGUGGAACACGCAAUUAGCUGCCACUUUUUCAAUAAGGCGGAAAGAAGUCUGAUAACGGCCGCCGCGAAUAUCUUAAAAAUAUUUCGUUUAAUUCCCGACGUCGAUGCGAAAAUAAAACCGACCGACCUGCGUCCGCCCAAAUCGAAGCUGGAAUGCGUCGCACAGUACACUCUUUUCGGCAACGUGAUGUCGAUGCAAAGUGUGAACCUCGCGAACGGCCCGCGCGACGCGGUUCUUCUGGCCUUCUCCGAUGCGAAACUGUCAAUUGUCGAGUACGACCCCGACAGUCACGAUUUGAAGACUUUAAGCUUGCACUACUUUGAAGAAGACGAUAUGAAGGACGGCUGGACACAAUUUCACCACAAUCCGAUCGUAAGGGCCGAUCCAGAAAAUCGUUGCGCCGUCAUGACGGUCUUCGGUAGAAAACUGGUCGUGCUACCGUUUCGGCGCGAGUCCGCCAUCGACGACGGCGAUCCGACCGACGUCAAACCGAUGAUCACGAGCUCGUACGGGUCUAAGGCACCGAUUUUGGCUUCCUACAUGAUCGUGCUAAAAGACUUCAUCGAUAAAAUCGACGACGUCAUCGAUAUACAGUUCUUGCAUGGAUAUUACGAACCGACGCUCCUUAUUUUAUAUGAACCGCUUAAGACAUUCUCAGGACGAGUCGCCGUCCGAACGGAUACCUGCGCAAUGGCGGCAAUGUCGCUAAACUUACAGCAGAAAGUCCACCCGAUCAUCUGGCAGGUUACGAACCUGCCGUUCGAUUGCACCAGGGCCGUCGCGAUCAAGAAACCUCUCGGAGGUACCUUGAUCUUUUCGGUGAACGCCCUAAUUUACCUCAAUCAAAGUAUUCCGCCGUACGGCGUUUCGCUGAACAGCAUCGCGGAUAGCAGCACCAACUUUCCGCUAAAGCCCCAAGAAGAUUUGAAGGUGAGUCUCGAUUGCGCGCAGGUCAGUUUUUUGGCCGACGAUCAGUUGGUUUUGUCGUUGAAAGGUGGCGAACUGUACGUGCUCACUUUGCUGGCGGAUAGCAUGCGUUACGUGCGCAGUUUUCAUUUCGAUCGCGCCGCCGCCAGCGUACUAACAACAUGCAUCUGCAUUUGCGAAGACAAUUUCUUGUUCCUCGGUUCACGCCUCGGCAACUCGCUGCUGUUACGUUUCACCGAAAAGGACAACCAGGUUAUAAUGUUGGACGACGAUCCGCCCGCCUUGAAACGUGCCAAAUUGAACAGUAACGCCGACCAGUCGGAUGAGUCCGAACGGACUUUAAACGACUGCAUGGCUAGCGAUGUGAUGGACAUUAGAGACACGGAAGAGUUGGAGGUGUACGGAAAUGAGAAGCAGGCCAGUUUGCAGAUUGCCAGUUACGUUUUUGAGGUGUGCGAUAGUUUAUUAAAUAUCGGUCCGUGCGGCAACGUGGCCGUCGGCGAACCCGCAUUCCUUAGCGAGGAGUUCAGUCACAAUGUCGACUUCGACCUCGAACUGGUCACGACCGCCGGCUACGGCAAAAACGGCGCCCUCUGCGUUCUCCAGAACUCCAUCAAGCCGCAAAUCGUGACCACGUUCACGCUACCCGGCUGCGUCAACAUGUGGACCGUUUGCAAGAACGACGAGAAGCACGCGUUCCUAAUCCUGAGCCAGGAGGACGGCACGAUGAUCCUCCAGACCGGUCACGAGAUCAACGAGAUCGACAACACGGGCUUCUCGACGCAAGGUCCGACCGUCUACGCGGCGAAUCUGGGCGGAAACAAGUACAUCGUGCAGGUGACCACCAUGGGGGUGCGACUGCUGUAUGGCACCACGCAGCUGCAGCACAUACCGUUGGACUUGGGAUCGCCAAUAGUUCACAGUUCGAGCGCCGACCCGUACAUAUCGAUUCUAUCCGCCGAUGGUCAAGUGAUUACUUUGAUGUUGCGCGAGGGCCGAGGAACUGCCCGGUUGGUCGUCAGCAAGUCUACCUUAGCAAAUACGCCAGCCGUCACAACCCUUUGCAUGUACAAGGACGUCUCCGGGCUGUUUGUAAAUAAAAUCCCCGACGAAUUCACCCACAUUCCGGCAGCGUACAUCAGCGACGCCGAAACGCGCGCCGAAAUUGAAAACGAGGACGACCUCCUCUACGGCGACGAGACCGAUUUCAAAAUGCCGACGCUAAAUCCUCCCCCGCCGAAGCCGAAAAUAUUCUUCAACUGGUGGAAGAAGUACCUAACGGAGGUGAAACCCACCUACUGGCUGUUCGUCGUGCGCGAAAACUCCAACUUGGAAAUCUACUCGAUUCCCGAGUUCAAGCUGAGCUUCAUCGUUCGCAACCUGUGCUUCGGUUUCAAGGUGCUCGUCGACAGUUUGGAGUCGGUUCCGAUUUUGGUGACGAACACGGCGGCCGUCAUGAACGAGAUAUCGAUCCAGAAAGAGUACGAGGUGAAGGAGAUCUUGAUGGUCGCGUUGGGUAAUCACGGAUCCAAGCCUCUCCUAAUUGUACGUUUGGAUCACGACUUGUAUAUUUACGAGGUCUUUCGGUUUCCUCGUGGUAACUUGAAAAUGAGGUUCCGUAAGUUGAAGCACAAUGUGAUCUACUCGCCCAACGUCGAGGGCAGAAUAGAGACUGAGAAUUCUGAAUUUUUUACAUUGCAAGAGCGUGUGUCGAAAAUGAGGUACUUUAGUAACAUUGCAGGUUACAAUGGAGUUUUUAUUUCGGGCGCCAAUCCAUACUGGGUCUUCUUAACCUCGCGCGGUGAGCUACGGACGCACGCUAUGUCCAUCGACAACGAAAUACUUUGUUUCACUUCGUUUAAUAACGUCAACUGCCCGCAAGGCUUCCUAUACUUCAACAAAAAGUCCGAGUUGCGGAUAGGAGUGCUCCCGACCCAUUUGAGCUACGACGCGCCGUGGCCAGUCCGCAAAGUUCCCCUAAGAUGUACUCCCCAUUUCGUGGAGUACCAUCUCGAAUCGAAGACCUACUGCAUAGUAACGAGCAUUGCGGAACCAUCGACUCAGUAUUACAAAUUUAACGGCGAAGAUAAGGAGCUGUCGAUCGAGGAUAAGGGCGAUCGGUUUCCGUACCCGCCACAGGAGAAGUUUAGUAUAAUGCUCUUCUCACCGGUCUCGUGGGAAAUUAUCCCGAACACCAGGAUCGACUUGGAAGAGUGGGAGCAUGUGAAUUGUUUGAAAAAUGUUUCACUCGCGUAUGAGGGUACGCGAUCGGGGUUGAAAGGAUACGUAGCCCUAGGGACAAAUUACAAUUACGGGGAAGACAUUACGUCACGGGGAAGGAUUUUGAUCUUUGAUAUUAUUGAAGUGGUACCCGAGCCUGGGCAGCCGUUAACGAAGAAUCGAUUUAAAGAAAUAUACGCCAAAGAGCAGAAGGGUCCGGUCACCGCCCUUUCGCACGUGAUGGGAUUUUUGGUAUCCGCCGUCGGUCAAAAGAUCUAUAUCUGGCAGUUGAAAGACAACGACCUGGUGGGGGUCGCCUUUAUCGACACGCAAAUUUAUACCCAUCAAAUUCUGGCGAUCAAGAGUCUACUACUGAUCGCAGACGUGUACAAGUCGAUUUCGCUUCUGCGAUUCCAAGAGGAGUAUCGUACGUUAUCGCUUGUGUCGAGGGACUAUCGGCCGUGCGAGGUGUUAACGAUCGAAUACAUGAUCGACAAUACCAAUUUGGGCUUCCUCGUGACGGAUAGCGAGAAGAAUUUAAUUUUGUACAUGUACCAGCCGGAAGCGCGGGAGUCGUUCGGCGGGCAACGGUUGCUGCGUAAGGCCGACUUUCAUCUGGGACAAUCGAUCAAUACGUUCUUUAGGAUUAAGUGCAAGGUCGGGCAACUGAUGGAGGACAAGAAGGCGAUUCCCGGUAUCGAUAAGCGUCACAUUUCUAUGUUCGCAACUUUAGAUGGGGGAAUUGGAUACGUACUUCCGAUUGCCGAGAAAACCUACAGGCGGCUGCUUAUGUUGCAAAAUGUGCUUCUGUCGCAUGGAUCUCAUACGUGCGGUUUAAACCCGAAAGCAUUCCGGACGAUCAAAAAUUGGCGCAAGCACAAUCCGAAUCCGUGCCGAUCGAUAAUCGACGGAGAACUAGUUUGGAAUUUCCUGCAUCUGUCCAUAAACGAAAAAAUGGAGGUAUCCAAAAAGAUCGGAACAAAAUUAGAAGAACUCAUCGACGACUUGUCGGACAUUCAAAAGAUGACUGGGCACUUUUAAGAGGGCGCCACUUGUAUUUGUUAAUAAAAAACAGUUUUCUUUUUC